AUGGUCACAAUGCUAUCGAAGCCACGCGAGUAUCAGGACAUCUUCCACUGGGCAGAAACACAGCAAGACGGAUCUAUCCCAUCUUUUGGUACUAGGAAGAACGACCCAUAUGAGGUACGGCUUGACGACGAAGAGCUUGACAAUUCCGCAACUGACCAAGUGAGCAGUAUCAAACGGGCUUCAACAACAGGCAAUUUCCACUUUCAGCAGAUCCAUCUGAUAUCUAGCACUGACAGUGAUAGCUUUACGUCCGAGGCUGUGCCAGGGACCCUGCCUCAAGGACAGAACAGUCCACGCAAUGUACGAUUCGGCUUGUAUGCCGAGCAGAUGACAGCUUCCGCUUUUGUCGCGCCAAGACAUCUGAAUAAGAAGGCAUGGCUAUAUCGAGCGAGACCCUCAGUGGCUCACCAAGGCUUUACUGACCUUCCAGACAAUCAAGACACCGAAUCGAACUUUCUCCCUACCAACCCAAGAGUCCAUCUAUGCCCAACUCAACUCGCCUGGCUCCCUUUUGAUAUUCCGCAGGAUAACGACGUCGACUUUGUAGCAGGUCUCAAGACGCUUGCCGGAUCUGGAGACCCAACACUGCGGGAGGGCGUUGCAACGCAUAUCUACGCGGCUAACACCGAUAUGAGAAAGACCGCCUUUGUCAAUUCUGAUGGCGACUAUCUCAUAUGUCCACAACAGGGCGUUUUGGACAUUCAAACCGAGUUCGGCAUGCUCUUUGUUCAACCAGGAGAGAUUGUCGUGAUUCAACGCGGACAGAAAUUCAAGGUCAAUCUGCCUGAUGGUCCAUCGCGCGGAUACAUCCUUGAAGUCUGGGGUGCCAACUUCGAUCUUCCUGAGCUGGGCCCAUUAGGUGCCAAUGGUUUGGCGAAUGCCAGAGACUUCUUUCACCCCGUCGCAGAGUAUGAAAUCGAACAGGAGAGCUGGACCGUCACAUAUAAGCUCGGCGGGAAAUACUUCAGAAGCACUCAACAACACAGUCCCUUCGAUGUUGUGGCAUGGCACGGCAAUUAUGUGCCAUACAAGUACGAUCUGACGAAGUUCGUGAAUGUUGGCUCUAUCUCCGUCGACCAUAUCGAUCCCAGCAUUUUUUGUGUUCUUACGGCCCGCUCUCGAGAUCCUGCCGCUCCGCUGGCUGAUUUCCUGAUCUUCUCGCCCAGGUGGGACGUGGCCUCGCACACAUAUCGUCCACCUUACUUCCAUCGCAAUGCUGCAUCAGAGUUUAUGGGACUUCUAUAUGGUGAGUAUGGCGGUCGCUCAGACGGAUUCCAGCCGGGUGGCGCUUCCUACGAAUGUGGCAUGGUGCCACACGGUGUUGCUUAUGAGGAGUUUAAAGCAGCUACCGAGAACGAACCUNNCCCCCUCAUGCAAAUCUCGAAAGGAGCCGUGGCCAUCAUGUUCGAGAGCUCGAGGCCUUUCACUAUUACUGACUUUGCGUGGAAUUCUGACAAGAAGCACGAGCACGACCCUAAAAUGUGGGACAAUCUAGUCGAUAACUUCUCCAAACAUCAAGAUGAGGUUCGGAAAUUACUGGCAACCAAGAGAAGCAACGGGGUGUAA